GCUCCCGCGGCAGCUAGCGUGCCGCGCUAGUGCCCGGCGGACCCGGCUUCCUCGUUCCCCGGCUCCGGCCCCGGCCCCGGCCUCGGCCUCAGCUCGGCCCCGCGCCCGCUUCUGUCGCGGCCCGCCGAACCCGCGGGCAGCAGAGCCACCAGCGACGCCCGCACAGCCCCGGGUGCCCGGGCGGGGGGCCAUGCCGUGCCGGAGGGAGGAGGAAGAGGAAGCCGGCGAGGAAGCGGAGGGGGAGGAGGAGGAGGAGGACAGCUUCCUCCUGCUGGAGCAGUCGGUGACGCUGGGCGGCUCGGGCGAGGUGGACCGGCUGGUGGCCCAGAUCGGCGAGACGCUGCAGCUGGACGCGGCGCACGACAGCCCGGCCUCCCCGUGUGCGCCCCCAGGGCCGCCGCUGCGGCCCCCGGCAGCGCUGCCUGCGGACAAGGCUCCGCCUCCGGCGGUGCCGCUACUACUACCGCCCGCGUGUGCUGAGGUGGGGGCCCCGGCGCCUCCCGGAGCCCUGCGCUGCGUCCUCGGGGACCGUGGCCGCGUGCGAGGCCGGGCUGCGCCCUACUGCGUGGCGGAGCUCACUGCAGGCCCCAGCGCGCUGUCCCCACUGCCCCCUCAGCCCGGCCUUGAUGGACCUUCGGGAGCUAGCAAGCAGGACAUCCCGCAGCCGUUGUCUGGUCCGUGCCGGCGAGGAUGGUUCCGGAGCGCAACCGCGUCCCGCCGCCUGCAACAGCGACGUGGGUCCCAACCCGAAACCCGCACAGGCGACGACGACCCGCACCGGCUUCUGCAGCAGCUGGUGCUCUCAGGAAACCUCAUCAAGGAGGCCGUGCGCAGGCUUCAUUCGCGACGGCUACAGUUGCCUGCAAAGCUUCCCCAACCCCCCCUCCUGGGGCCUCUGUCGGCCCCAGUGCAUGAGCCCCCAUCGCCCCGAAGCCCUCGUGCGGCCUGCAGUGACCCUGGCGCGUCCGGGAGAAGGACGCAGCUGAGAACUGGGGACGGCGUUCUUGUUCCUGGCAGCUAACAGCCAGGGUGGCCACAGCGCCAGCCUCUGACUGGAGGGCCAGGUGGUCCCUCGAGGACUGCAACCCUGUUCAGGCUGGUGGAGAACUCGUGCUUUUGGAAAUGGCAAAAAUAAGCUAACGAAGACGAGGAACC